GUGAACCAGCCCCCCCUCUCAUGCACAAAGCUUCACCUGGCUCAGAUAAAACAGCCCGGGGGUGGCUAUCCCUGACAGCCAAGUGUCCACCGGCAAAUCCUUUGACCCCCACACCACUUCUUUUUCUGGACAACUUCUUGGAUGAAUUAGAGAAGCUUGGUGCUUUACCCUUACCAGAUGACCAAGCCAAACCAGAUAUCCUAGAGGACAUCGUCCUUGAGAUUAAGGAGGAGCCCUCGGUGCUCCUCCCAUUGCCCCCAGCUGCUGUGCCGGCCAAAUCAGCAUCCUCUCUGCCUCCUUUCCCCUGCUCUGGGGUGACCCCAGCUACAGUCCUGCCUUCGGAGGCAAUAGCAUCUCAGGAUCCACAAAAGACAGCUCGAAACAAGUUUGCGGAUUUGACAAAAAUGAGAAAGGGCUUUGGAGACCCUGAAAAGUUACCCCGACUCCCAAGUGAUAAGUGUGUGGCCUCUGCACACACUCAUAUGGGCCCCUGGCCCAAAAGUCUCCCUGUCAUUGGAGAGGAAGAGGACAUCUGCGAGGGGGUGAUGUCAGGCAUCCGGAGAGGGCCAGAAUCUCAAGACCCAGAUGCUCUCUGGCCUGCCUGCGAUGGCACAGAAGCAACCCCAAGUCUGCACAUUGAGGAGGACGAAGAGGAGAGGAAACCCAUAAAAUCCCCAGUAGCUACCCCCACAGAUCCUAGGACCCCUAAGGAAGACAGCAAGGCAGCGAAAACCCAUUAUGAGCCACCUUCACCUUCUCCGGGAGAUGGACCGUCUACACCUUUUCCCAGCUCUCUCCUUCCUUCCCUUCCUUUUCAUUCUCCCUCAGCCUCUAUCUCUGACCUGGCCUCGACCCUUUCUCAGACUCCCCAGCCCUACUCGCCUCCCCUCCUCCCUAAGUACCCUUACCAACAGGAGAGAAAUUCACCAAAACUAAAGGCUGACCUAAAAAGCGAGGUAUUUGUGUUGGGUAAGCCUCCGCGUAGCCCAGUGCUGUGUAGGAGAUCCUGCGGCUCGCCGGGCCGAGGCCUCAGCGCUUCCCACAGGGUAGGGUCACAACGGCCCCCUCGUGCCAGGCACCCUGGCCACCCACCCACCCGCAGUAGGCUGGCCCUCCCUCCCUGUCACUGCUGUGCUUUGCCCCAAAGUGGGCCCAGAGGUACCCCCGAGAUGAAGUGACCAUCCAUCAUGAGCUGCCAAGUCAGAUCAACUGAAAAAUCCAAUGCAGUCUGUGGGCAACGUGUUUCUCUUCUGUGUCUCUGUGUCGAACUUUCCAGAAAUCCAGAAAGACAUGACCAGAUUCUUAUAAUCCAAGUCAGGGUGUAGUAUAUGUUGUCUUCUCCGUCCAUCUCAUGCUUCCUGCCACAUUCUCUGUAAAUCGCUGCUUUCCAAUCACAGUUUUUAGUGCAAAGAAUAAAGCUGGUGCUUGCUGAUCGCAUAGCGAGCACUUCAGUAGUGUUUGCUUCGGUGGCAUUCAGUUUAUGUCGAUUGUUCUCUUGAAUCCAUCAUCCUUAGUUGCACAACCUCCUGUUGCUCUGGUGGUGUGGGCUACAUUUGCUCCACGACACUUUUUAAACCUAAACGAGGGAUUCUGGGGUAUUUCAGUACUCUGGACUCCAGGUACUCCCAGGCUUUGGAAAACUUUGAUUGAAUUUAAAGGCAAAAUUACUUUUCCCAGUAACUCCUUGGUUCUGUAACAUCGAAAGCUCUUUCAUAUGUCGGGGUUCUAAAUGGUACUAUCAGUUCUGAGGAAGGCAGCCAAGGCAUUUGGGGAUUUCUGUCUCUGCAAAAGGCAAUCGUUUCACCAUUUCUAUUUAAUAAACCCCGGUUUGACCUUACCUGGCCUACUGAUGACCAUAGCUUGCAAAUUGUUAAGGGCCCAAUUGAUUGCAAAGAGGAUUUCCUUUUCCACUUUCAAAAAGUGUUGCUACCUCUCUGUGCUUAUGCCAUUUUUUGUGCUCUUGUUGCUUGCAUAACGAGACCUCCCUUUGUUUCUGAGGCAGAGAUUUGGGUUGCCAUAGAGAAAGCGGAAUGUUGAUUUGAAGAGAUUCUUAGACUCCCUCACAGAAAGGCCUUCCAGAGCCAAAACAAAAGGGAAGAUUUUUCCACAAUUAAUAUGGCCCAGCCAUAAAUUUCCCAUGGGUCAGGGAGACGCCAUGUUUUGUUUGGGUCACCUCAAGUUUUUUUCUUUGCCAGGUUUUUACAUUAUGUGCUUAUACAUUAUAUGUGUUUGUGUGGAGCAUAAAUAAUCUAUAUUCUUUAGAUUCAUGCAAAGUUGUGUAUCAUAGUUUAAGAAGGAAAAAAUAAGCCUAUUACAUAAACAUGGGAUUGUUACAGGGAGAAUUUCAUCGAAUUCUGGUUGGCAAAUACUACAACUAACAUUUUCUGGGAAAAAAUUUGAAGAACUCUAGAAGUGCUUAUAACUCUUUCAAAUAUUCUUCCUCAUUAGUGCUUAAAGUAAUAGUCCAGUUUUACUUAAGAAUUACUGAAUACUAGAUGUAGCUAAUCCUGCAGAGGUGCCUCUGCAGAAGCACAGAUAGAUGGGUUCUGGACAGACUGCCUCUCCCCAUCUGAGAUAGGGAAGUAUGUAUUUUACUAAAACCAGAGGUUCUGGGAUAUUUCACACCAGUUCCCUUAGGAGCAGUGAGAUGGAUCUGGCUUUGAAUAUUAGCAUGGGUUGAAACUUGUCUCAUUUGUCUCCACUCUUGAUAACCUUUAAAAAUUGCAACACUUAACGGGACGGUGGAAGGAUUGCUACCUUCCCAAUGGAAAAAAGUUAAAUAUCUAGGAUUCCAUGAAAACAACAUGAUGCUUCAUUAUGUUUUCUAAUUUUUAUUGUAUUCUUAAUACAUGUAAGACUCUCUGAAUGUCACAAAUGUAUAUCCUGUAUUGAUCACAAAGAUGGUAAGAGUUAAAAUAGAAACAAUCGCAGACCAAAAAUACGGGUGGCUAAAAAGUGAUCCUUUCUCAAGACUUUAAAAUGUAGGAAGGAAUUUUCAUCGUCAGAAAAACAGAUAAAUAUCUAUUCCACCACAUUCCGUGGUCUUUAAAAUAUCCUUUCAACAUGAAUCCAGGCUGAAGGAAGUUAGUGAGAGCUGUCCAAAGGCAUCAACUUUUAGCAUGUUGGUGCCACUACUCACCAUUGGGUGGCAAUAGAGUGCAGAUACAGUACAGAUCUUUUCCUCAGCAUUCGUACCCUUUUUAACUUGUAACACCUGGAGGGAGAAAGGCAAAAGAUAGUCUCCUAAGAUGAUUUCCUUGAGUAUUCAUACAGAACAUAAAUACUUGCGUAAAGGACAAAAUAAAGAUGCUGAUUUUAAUCAACUUAGGCCAUCUGUUCCAUCAUAGUAAUCUUCUAUGCAAUAGAGAGUGCCAGUCAAAAUCAUCAUUCUCUUUCCUCUUUUUACUUAUUUGUGAUACUAAGAAAUAAUCUGUGAGUUUUGGCUUACUGAUCUGAAAAAUGAAGCUGAAUUGUUACUAUGAUUGUUUUUACAUGACUGGGAUAUUUGAGAAUUAACUAUUAAGUGUCAGCUGUCUCAGCUCUCUGAGAAGUGAGGGGUAAGGUUGAUGGUGGCAUCUAUACAUAACAGGAGAGAUGUACCCGUGGAAAUGUGGAUUCCUCCAUGGGUUCCCUGAAGGGGACAAGAUUUUUUUUUUUUUUUUUUGGUAAGGGGACAAGAUUCUAAUCACUGUCUUGUCCAAUGCCUUGAUUCUAGAGAUAAUGAAGCUGAGUUGCAAAUCCCAGAUUACAUUGUCCAUGCCAACACCAAAUGUGCCCUUAUAAAUAGCUGUUUAUAAUAGCUACUUUUUCAUCUAUUGACCAAGUACCUCUAAAUAAAUUAAUUCAAAUACUAUAACUAGUCAACUUUCCUCAAAACUGGUUCCUAACUAUCCAAAUUCACAUGGAGAUGAUUCCUGUUUUAAGGUAACCUUAGAAAAGUUCUAAAAGCCACCAUAAUAAUAGAGCUCAUAAAGGCUGUGGUAAAUCUUGGCCUGAGUGUGUGAACAGUAUAGAGACCUGGUAAGUCAGAGAAGGGGGUGGGAAUAGGGGUUCUCUUAAAGGCUAUCAAGGAAAAGAAAAGACAUAUUGGGAAGGAUUGGUAAAAACAAGGACAUAGCUGGCUGGCACACCCAGGAACAUGAGUCCUUGAGUCAUAGACACCUAUGGGAUUAAUGGAGCCACAGACUUCUGGCAACAGCCCAACGUUCAUAAUUGUCAAAGGAAUGAUCCACUUCAGUAACUUAUGAUGCUAGUCAAAUUAAAGGAAUUAAAGUAAUAGAAUUGGGAUGAUGACAAAGUAAAGGUUCUAUAUGGACUUCAAAAGUAGAUUAUUUUAUCUCAAUGAACACUCUGAUUUUUGAAGUCAUGUUCACAUUUUAACAUAAGAGAGCAGUGAAGUUAGACCAACCAGUUGUACCAAGCACUGGAUGCUAUGAUGAAAAAGUAAAACUUUUACACAACUUAAAAAUACUAGAAUGAUUGAAACAUGUAGAAAGAGCACAACUAAAUAAGUUUUACAAAACAUUUUUUCUCUGAAUGUAAGAACUGAUCAUCAGAAAAUAUUUUCUUAUUUAUAACUUUGCUAUGCACUGUAAUGGUGCUAUGAUGUUUCUGUGAGACAAAAGCAGCUGUGCUUUGAAAUACAGCAUUUUCCAUUUUUUAAUUACAUUUCUAUAUUUUUUUGAGUGACUAACACGAGCACUUUCAAUAUCAUGUGGUUUGAAUGUAUAAUCUUUGGCCAGAAAUUUUACUCCUGGAAAUGUGUUCUAAAGAAUGGUCCAAAGCCAGGAAAUAACUCUUUGUAUAAAAAUAUUUAUAGCACUGUUGCUCAUGAUAAUGGAAAAAAGGCUAGACCAACCUUCACUUCAAAAGCAAAAAAGAAAUGGUUAAGAAAACCAAAAAAAUAUAUCUACACAUAAGUGAGGGAACAUUAUUCUGCAGUGAUUUAAAAUGAAAAAGAAGACUGAGAAAAGAAAGCUGGAAAAUUAUUAUAAAAUAUUAAUAGCAGUUGAUAUAUGCAUAUCUUAUUUCUGCAUAAACAGUAUAUAUACAUGAUUCGAUGAGAAUCUGAAGAACUU